AUGUCUCAAAAACAGUACCCUUCCAUGAACUGUGCGGCCACUGAGCGUGGUUUGGCUUCCUCUACAUCCAAGGGCACUGGGCAUGUGGCGGGCGACAACACUGGGCAACCGUCUCUCGUUUCUGACGCAGCCGACAAGGUCGCUGCGGAGAAACGACCUACGGGCGAACCCAUCACCUCUUCUGGUCCCUCGACCGCUAAGCCAAUACCUCGUAACUUGCGUUUUACCAAAAAAAAGCCAACGCCAUCCAACGCCGGUACUUCGUCAGGUUCAGCUAUCCAGCCCAGCCCCUCCCAUCCGCCAGCGGUUGUCCCGGACGCCCCUGGUCAUGGGUUCGGUGGUGGAGAGCCGCGAUUCUCAUUGCCAGAACGACCUGGGUGGGUCAUCGUCGAAUUUGAAGGCAGCACUCCAGUGCCUUUGACGCCUUCAGAACGGUAUCCAGUUCUCGAUCCUUUCAAUUACGACCGUGUUUCUGGUCAUCUACGGCGCACUACUGUACGUUGGCUGCGGGAUCAGUGGCCCAUGACCGAAUCUCGACUCAAACGUCUUGAGGAUGUCAUCAAAGAGGAUAAUGAACUUUUCGCGUCUGUCGACGUAUACUGUGUUAUACAUUGGCGACUAGUCGCAUCAAACAGUAUGAAGGCAAAAGCCUAUCAUUUUCAGGGGUAUCCAGAAGGUUUUUCGGCUGCGGAUCCAUACGAUCGGCAAGGCACUCUCCCCUCUACGACGGUCAUUCAUGGGAUACCCCAGGAUUGA